AUGGCGAUACACGGCUUUGGUAUCCAUCUUCUGACCAGGGAAGGAGAAGUCUUUACUUUACUAGCUGCUUCUAUCUUCUGCUACGCCAUCUCCGUAGGCGUUUAUAAUGUCUUUUUCCACCCCUUGAAGCAUUACCCUGGCCCGAAGCUAUGGGCUGUCUCCAGGAUCCCUUACAGCAGUAUGUAUCUUUCCGGAGACGCCCACCGCCGGCUUCUCUCGCUGCACCGUCACUACGGUCCAGUCGUUCGAGUCGCGCCAAACGAGCUAUCUUAUAACCAUCCUGAUGCAUGGAAGGACAUCAUGGGACGGCGGAGAACACCCAACGGUGAGAAUGGCCGAGAUCCAGCAUUCUUCUCCAAAGAUAUCCUGCACAGCAUUAUAGCUGCAGACAAGGAGAACCACAGCCGUAUCCGCCACAAUCUCGCUCGUAGUUUCUCGCCACAGGCGUUGCGGGACCAGCAACCAAUCAUUCAGCAUUAUGUCGAUAUGCUCAUCAGCCUCCUACGGCAGCAAUGUGACAACGGUCGUCGGGCCGUAAAUUUAGUUCGAUGGCUCAAUUACACCACAUUUGACAUCGUCGGUGACCUGGCUUUUGGAGAGCCAUUCCAUUGUCUUGAGGCGUCAGACUAUGUUCCUUUCGUGGAACUUGUAUUUCAGAGCAUCAAGAGCGCGGCAUUCUUGUUCUGCGCCAGGAGAUAUCCGCUAAUUGAAGGUUUCUUGAUGUUGUUGGUGCCGAAGAGCGUCAGAAGAAAAUUGCAGGACCAUUAUGACUGGACCCAGGAGAGGGUCAGCAAGACGCUCAGUGCCAAAAAGGCCCGUCCAGGCUUCAUGGAGGCCCUCGUAGGCUACGGAAAUAGUGGUUUAAAAUCAACAGAGAAGCUUACGGAAAUCGAGGUACUGGCAACGUCAAAUACGCUGAUUGUGGCUGGCUCUGAAACAACGGCCACUGUUCUAUCCGCCACGUUGUAUUACUUGACCACGCAUCCUCGGGUAUUGUCCACACUUACAGAAGAAGUCAGAUCGACCUUUUCUAGUGAAAAGGACAUAACACUUUUGAGCGUGCAGACGCUCCGAUACACGCUUGCAGUGCUGGACGAAACCAUGCGCAUCCAUCCCGCUGUACCAACUGGCCCACCUCGGUUGAUUGCCAAAGGCGGCGAUACAGUGUUGAACCAGUAUGUUCCGGAAGAUACGGUUGUGUCUGUGUGGCAGUGGCCUCUGUACCACAAUCCGGACUACUUUACGUUACCGGAUUCCUUUAUCCCCGAGCGUUGGAUCGAUGAUGAGCGCUUCGCUCAAGACAAGACACAUGCAUUCACGCGGCUCGUGUGGAACUUUGAUCUCAAAUUAGCAGACGAGAGUCGCGGUUGGGCUGAGGCAAGCAAGGUUUUCUUACUCUGGGAGAAGGGUCCACUCAUGGUGCAUUUGACACCCCGGAAAAUUAUUGCUGUGGCCAAAACGUCUUUGACGGUGAUUCGUGAGGAUAUUACAGAGACAGCUCACAUUGAGAGAGCCCCGGAGGAUUCAGUAUCCGUGGACGAGUCGCGAGUUCAACGCUCUCAAGAAUAA